UGUUGGCACGAUAGUUGCAAAAAUCAGCAUUUUUGUCCCAAUCUUUUUUCUUUGCGACUUGCUACAGACACGUGUUUCUUCCAGUGGUUGUGAAAAAUUUCAAUACGAAUAUUAUAUCAACAUGAGUAUUUUUGAAAAAGUGUUGGACCUUUUCGAAAGUCAGAAUAGAGCCGUUAAUUCGCACCUGCGCUUGCAGCAAACUAUUAUGACGAAUAUCUUAGCCUCCCAGAAGGGGAUAACAAUUGCUAGCAACCCUCAACAGCAACCACUUACGGCGAAUACCCUACGCUCCCAAUGUUCAAACAUUGAGAAAAACGGACAACAGCAGCCUAAUAAGGCGAAUACCUUAAGCUGCCAGAAAGUGAUGACAAUUUCUAAGGACAAACCCGUUAUGGCGAAUACCUUAGGCUCACAGGGGAAAACCUUAGUCAUUGAUGAAAACCGACAAAAAAAAUGCCUAAUGUCGGAUACCUCAGGCUCCCAAAUAGUGAUGAAAAUUGCUAAAAACGAACCAGAGCAAGCACUAAUGGCGAAAUCGCUAAGCUACCAGUUGUCAGUUAUUAAUGAAAACGGACAAUAUAAAGGGGCCUUGGUUCCGAUAGCUUCGUCAACGAUUGACAACAAGGAAAACAUUCUUCCUCGUAUCAUUACACUAGAGGAAGUUUUUCAGAGACUUCAACGCGAAUCUUUACAUCGUUGUUGCCUUUGCGGUACAGCAAUUUAUAAGAAGGACCGCUUGGAGCACUUGUACAUGUGCUGCUUACAGAUCAGUGGGGGCUUAUACACCCUGAGAUGCGAUAUUUGCAAUGUCUUUCGAUGCGUCUACAAAUCACACCUUAGUUCCCACCAGAAAAGCUGCACGAAUGUAAAGUUCCUUCCGUUAAGAGCCUUGUUGAACAAGGUACUUAAAGGCGGCAAGGAAGGAGCGUUUGUGGCCGGCAUAAUUUCCUCAAUUGAGGCAAAGGGUCCGAGAGUAACAGUGGACAUUGUAAAGAAAAAAUUCGAUCGAAAAAUGAAGAUUGCAUGCAAAGAAAACCUAUAGGAAAAGAACAAAUACAUAUAUUCUUUUACUAAGUUAAACUAACUCAACGGAAUGUACUGGAAAAUUAACUUGCGCUGUUUUUUUCCUUGCUUCCCUUUAUGCCCUGCCCUGCCCUGCCCCUGCCUCAGACAGACAGGCAGACGGAAAACGAGCUGAUUUAAUUUUAUUUACUUUUAAUUUUUAAUGAUUUAUGUACACAUACACAUACAUAGAUUUAAUUGUUAAGUGCAUAUGUGUAUGAAAUGGCGAUAAGCUGAAAAAAGCACGAGUUCAUCUUUGACUAUGAA